ACCAUGGAAGAAGAACCAUGUGAAAGGAUUAUGAAGAAAUUGGAUUUGGUGAUAAGUCAAGAUCCUCUACUAGAUGAAUUCGAUGUGGUUUUUUCGCUCGGUGAAGUCAAUAGAUCACCUAUUAUCAAUAUUGAACACAAAGUAGGUCUUGUUGAGUCCUGGUGUGUGAAGCAUGUUUAUGCUUAUGCUUAUACGAAGAUUUUGGAUGCCAAACAGACAAAAAGACGGGAAGAUCCUGUCUUGCUGUUGCGAUGGACUCAGUUUUGCCUCCUUAUUGCACCAGAAGUAGCUACUUUUUGGAAUGUACGAAAAAUGCUGCUUCGUGAAGGCAGGCUUGCAGCUGAAACUGAUUUACAUCUCACUAAACUUAUUUUAUCAAGAAACCCAAAGUGUAUGGAAGUGUUCCAGCAUAGGAAGUGGAUGUUUUCUAACAUUACUGCCAGAACAGUUUGCAUGCAGGCAAAUGGUGAAAAUAAUGGCUUGAAUGAAAAUAACCAAAACGGUGUUAGGGAUAUGGUUGAUUUAAAUAGUAUCAAGCAGUUUCUCUUUGCUGAAUUAGAUUUAUGUACUAGCACUGCCAACAAGCAUCAGAAUAAUUACCACUCUUGGAACCACCGUUUAUGGAUCAUUGAGCAGUUUUGUAAAUAUGCUACCUUUCAAGAAGUGUGCAGGCUUGAGUAUGAUGCAACUCAUAAUUGGGUUAGUGUUCAUGUGAGUGAACAUAGUGGAUUACAUUACCUUCAAUACCUUCUAGACUCAAUUGUCUCUGUGGUUGAGGAGAAGAAAGUUAAUACUAUCCAGGAGAUGAUGCCCUAUGUAGAUUCAGUGGAAAAGCUUUAUAUCAGGGAACUUGAGUUCAAUAGAGACCUUAUUGAAGAAUAUAGAGAUCAUGAAGCACUCUUUUGCCAUCGCCGGUUUUUGUUAACACGAAUGCGAGAUCUUCUCUGCUCCUCUCCACAAAGAACUUGCUCUCCUCCUCCACCAGCAUUAAAGAGAUCAUGUGUUGAAACAGUCAAUAGUGAGUGGAGUGCUGUUCUUCUUGGUGAACGAGAGUUAAUUAACAGAUGUCUCCUCACAAAUUCAUACCAAAAAGUUCUUGGGGAGAAACAUGCCCAGUGGUUAAACAAUGUUGUUGGUAUUUGAAGGUUUAAGAAAAAAUAUAAUAUAUCUUAGCAAAUUUAUGUAGGGUUGUUCUUUUUCCAAGGCAGAAAUGUGAAAAUGUUGAUGAAGCCUGCAAUGGGUAUUACAUAGACCAUUCUUUUAAAGCCUUCUAGGUUGCAGCUUGAGAGUUAAUUUGCAUUUUAGUGCUAUAAUCUCCAAGUGGUAGGUAGUGCCACUUGUCAGCAUACCAACUCCAAUCUUUAUUCAGAAUUGCCAUUCUGAUAGAACAGGUUUUGGGUAUGUAUUAGUAAGUGAAUUAUUUUGGGAGUUCAUAUUUUUGUGCAUUAAGAAUUAUAUGUCCUUUCAGUGUUCAUACCUACUUUGCUUAUACAUACUGCCAUGGCAAGAAUGGUACAGUGAUAGCCAAGAAUAGGCAUCAGCAUUAGAGUGAAGUCAUGACUUUUCACUAGAGGGUACCCCUUAUUCACAGUCACAAUUGUUAUUAGAUACUUCAGCGACCUAAAGUGCAAACUUUUAGGUGUUAGCUCUGACUGACAAAACUCAUUAUUUCUUUUUUCCUGGUUUUGUUUUUUAAUAAUAAUUCAGCACUAAUAUUGUUUACUUAUUAUUAAGUUGUUGUACAGAUAGCUUACUGUCUAUUCCAAGUGUUUUGGUUAAGUUACAAGAAGAUAUGAGAGAGAGAGAGAGAGAGAGAGAGAGAGAGAGAGAGAGCACAGUUUUACCAUUGAGCAGCCUGAAUUUUUGUGUCAUUACAGUGUGUUAACUUGCUUUGCUUACUUGGUACUCGAGAAACCUAGAAAUAAAAUAUUCAUUUUUCCUAUACCUAAUUGUUUCUGCACUGUUUGUGAUAAUUCAAUCUGUGCAUUCAACUAAAAAAUCAAACUGGUGAAUAAAUUUUUCUACAAGACAAGCUGCUUGAUAUCAAAAGCAAACUGUGACUGGUGAAUGAAGUAUCAUAACAGAGACCCUUUGAUGGGAAAACAAGAGUAGGAAUAGAGUGGUGAAAGCAUGUUUGGUUGGUUUUGUUUUAUUGGUGUGAAGUGUAUUGAUUAGAUGAGGAAAAAGAGACUGAAAGUAACAGAAAUUGCAUUUUUGAAGGAGCAUUUGCUGUUUGAGUGGAGAGAGUGACAAAUGAGAGCCCUAAAAAAUGGACACAGAGGGAAUAUGAUAAUUGUUAGGAAGGUCAUUUAAAUUUUUGUGGCAUAUGCUAAAUAGUGAGAGUUGGAGAAGUUAUGUCCAGUGGGAGAAAUUGAUGGAAGAAGAGAUAGAGAGUAGGGAAAAAUAUGAGGGUAUAACAAGGAGAAUGAUUGGAGGGAAGGAAAUAGCUGCAUAACAAAUGCACAUGUUAAGAAAUAGAAGAAAAUUGUAAAUCCACAAUCAACAACUGUGGGAAGUCAGAUGGAAAGAAAUAAAAAAAGAUUGUAAUUCCAUGAUCUGCAGCUGGGUGGACACAGUACACUGUAGAGCAACAACAGUAUUGUUUACAUUAUUUUUCUUAUUUUGCUUGAUUUUUCUUGAAAAUUCUUGAAUUUUCCACUGCCCUUUCCUAGAUCCAUUGACCAACACCAUUAACAUAAUCAUUGCAGUUGUUUGACCAUGUUUUCUCAUGAAAAGAGGCAAAAAAUCUCCUUGAUACAAUCUUAUCAAGUGUUAUUCAUCAUCAUAAAAGAAUUACUCUUUUACCAAAAUUAGUGCCCUUGUGGCCAGGAGGUUACAUUUUCCUUAGUAGAGGGGAGAAUUCCCUAUCAACUUGCCACACCUAACCAGCAAAUUGUCAGCGUGACUUAUUUGGCAGGUUCAUUAAGGUAGAACUUGUGAAGAGAGUCCUAAUUAGUUGUACUGGCCUUAUUAUAUUUCAGUGAUGAAUCACUAGUAAUUGCUUAUCAUGCAUUUCUUACCAGUCCUCAGGUGAUGCAUUUGUUAGCCAUCAGUCAUCUGGUGACAUAUGACCACGCUGUUUUUCUGAGUAAUAAGUAUUUGUUUUCCUUUGGUCAUCUCUAAUUUUUAUUAUUUGUCAUGGGCAAUAUUCAAAUUAUUAGUAGCAGAUUCCCCUGUAGGGCCCCAAUUUUUUUAUAUUAAUUUAAUUAUCACAGUUGUUAAGAAUACUUCACAGCUUCAUGAUAUUUCCCACAAAAGAUUAAAUAACAUUUUGUGCUUCCUAACAGUAACAAUAUACUGUAAUACAUUUUGGAGUGCCCUCUUAAAAGUCCCUCUGAUUAACCUUCUGCCACUCAGUGAAACAAAUAAUAACUGUAGUGAGAAGGAAUUGCCAUCUCUAUAGGGUUACUUUUCAAAAAGACUUCAUUCUUCAGUUGAUAACUACACUCAAUUAACACAUUACUGUUCCAGGAAGUAUUGCAUAAGGAGAUAGGUUUUUAGUAGGGGUCAUGAAAAUUAUUAUGCUGCCCUUUUAAUAGCUUUUCGAUUUGACAACCCUGUAAUAGUUGAUAUUCAUAAUUUACAUAGUUGGUGUGAAUUUUGUCACUUACUAUUACCCUAAUACAUUGAUUGGGAUGUUUGCUAUUGAUUUAAAGGUUGCAUUCACUUAAAUGGAAGAAUUGUAGUGCUUUGAAAAUUUGGUAUUACCAGAAUAUGAAUGUUCCACUUGAAAAAAAAAAAAAAAAAAGAUGCCCCUGUAUCUAAAUUUAUAUACUCAGUGGAACUCAGUAACUUUGCUUUUCUAACAAUCACUGUGCAGCUAGCCAAGGUAUGUCCUAAUCAGUAAAUCAGAGAUCAUUUGGGAGUGUACUAAGACUUCCAGUGUAAAAUGCAUACAUAAAUCUGUAGAUAAUUUAAGGAGAAAAAGAUAAUUAUAUAUUUUUUUUUAAACUCAAGGUCAGAUUUAGUUGCCACAAACAGGUUUUUAUGUCCAAUCUAUAACCUGAAAUGUUGACAUUUGCUCACAUAGAAAAUUGUGCUAAAGAAAUAUGGAUUCCAUUUCGGGUGUAUUUAACAUUUAGAUAGGAUACCAAAUGUAUCCACCUGUUAUAUCUGUGCUAGAAUCACAUGCUUGUAUUCCCUGGGAAUAUUUUAUUGGUACAUACAUCAAAUUAUUGGAUUUGAUUUUAAACUUUUAUAGCAUGUACCAGCAGCGCUGCUCCUUUGUAGUGGAUAUGAUGCUGGUCUUUCUGAGGAACUGUGUCUAAAUGUUUAUUUCAGCUUUUCAAAAGAUUUAAAAAAUUGAUUGAGAAUACCUAUGUCUAGAAAAGAUAAGGAUUGGAUAUUAUGGCUCAAAUUUUUUAGCUUCCAGAUCUGAUUCUGAAUGUCAAAAACUGACAUUUGAAGUAUGUGUAUUUAAAUUACUUACAUUUGAAGUAUGUGUAUUUAAAUAACUUUGUGGAUGGUUUUUUUUUUUUUUAACAAGUACUGUAGUGGCCAAGACUUUGAAAUGUGAAAAAAAUAUGAUCAAAGAAAAAUACUGUGGAUUUUUUUCCAAAAUUCACCUUUAGAUCCUUGUACUUCAUCUCAUUUGUUUCCUGGAUUUCUUUAUAUCUUGCUAUUCAACCACUCCAACCCCCACUUUAAACUUAUUAAAGUUCAGAAUGACUAAAAGUGUCCAGUACUUGGCUUUAUAGCCUAAAUUUCUUUAUUAAUUCAGUUAUUCUUCCUAUACAGGUGUCAAUUUUUGAAAUUCUUAUUACCUUCAACUCGCUUCUUUGUUAGUAUUUUCUGGGUUAUUCCACGACAAAAUUUCGUGGCUACUACAGUUACUACUACAUUGCUUCAACAUUACUGUUGACUUUGUCAGUCUUUGUACUUGUCUUGUUAAAAUCCACUAAAUUCAGAUUGCUAAAUCUGAUUGUAAGUAUUGGGAGUACGCAUACAAUAGUUUUGAUAUAAUAUUUUUCUGAUAAGCUGUUUGCCUGCUAGGUCAAUCCUUUUUAAGAAGAUUGAUUUAAUAUUGAGGGGCUUCAGUUUUUUAAUCUUCUUUAUUUUAACCAGAUUAAACCAGAGGUUUUGCCUUCUUACAGGACCACAACAGUCACUUCCUACUGCUUUCAUAGAGUUUACUAGUAAGUCUUCUCAGGCUGCCAUUUAGCAUUUACUUGGCAAGCUAAUCCUGAACUUGUAGUAUUCAGCAUUCCAAAAAUAGAUUAAUUUAUGACUUUUCUUCCAUUGACAUCAAAGUUGUUAUCUUCCUUGUACUAUUGUUUCCCAAGUGGUAUCUUCGUAGGUUUUGCAGUCUUUCCUCUUCAUUAUCAUCAUCACCAUCAUCCCCACUGUUGUUAUUAAUGCAGUUAUACAAAAAAAGAACUCAUUUUUGUGAUGGCUUUUAUUUGUGAAUAAUUCACAUAUCUCAGAUUUUACACAAUAGUAGAUUAGAAGAGUGAGUGCUUCCUAAAAGCUAAAGAUUUUAGAUAACAAAUUCUCUUUGUGUAACAGUGAAAAUAUUUAAAUGAUUCACAGUGUGAAAGCAAAAUGAAAAAGGACUUUCCAAAGUUGUUGAGUAACAUGGACAGAUUUUUAGGCCUUACCAAAUAAUUUUUAUUGAAUUACAACUGAAAAUUUGACUGCAAGAUGGGAAAAGUAAGAGAUAAAAAGCAAUGAAGUUGCAAAGUUAUCACUGCAAAGAACCUUGAGUAUUGCCUACAGUGUGCUGCCCAAAGCUCUAUAGCUAAUAAGAAUGGUUAAAUAUAUCUCUGUGAAGCUUUGUUGAGGGGUGCCUUGGUCCAAAGAAGCAUUCUUUAGAUGGAUGUAAGUCUAGAAUAAUUUCCGUUAUAUGACUUUGCAAGUGAUUUUUUGUUAUUCUUGUCGCUGUUUAUGUGAUAUACUAGGAGUGUUAUAUUAUGGACUUGAAAAAUUUCAGUGCAUAAUUGAAUCUUAAAAUGAAUUUCUUUAGGCAGUAGCAAAGGUAUGCACAGUCUUGGACCUUCUUUGAUUUUGUGAUUUAUUCUUUUUUAAAAUAUUUAUCCCCAGAGUACGUAUUGUGAAAGCAUUAAUAAGUACGUUGUGAUUAUUCUUCUGCACUUUGACAGGGGUUCAGGUCCCGUUGCUGAAUAACCACUGGUUCCAUGCAACGUAAAAACACCAUACAAACAAACAAACAAGUAACCUUAGUGUUGUUUAUGAGACAUAUUGAGAUAUCUUUUUUGUGAAAUAUUUACAAUUAAUAAUUUUAGGGAAAUUUUUUAAUAUGUACUUUAACAGUAACUAUUUAGAUCUAGAAAUUGCUCCUUGGUUAUCCUAAUGGAUUCUGCAGUAGGUAUUCAAGGUGUAAAUUAUUUCUUUUAUUUCACACAAGUGUUUGUAAGGAUUCCCACUUUACCUUACAUGUUUGCAUUGUUCUUUUUUCCCCACAUGAAUAUUUGUGAUAAAUUUGCUUUGUUGUUGUUUGAAUAUUGUUGAUGCAUUAUUGAUGUGUAGAUCAAAAUCUUUUGCUUUUUCACUCUGUUUUGUCUGUUUGAACCAAUUCCUAGCUAUAGCUUAAAUCCAUUGGGGUAUUUGAUAUUUGACCUGCAUGGGACAAAUAUCCUUGUUGCUACAGAAGUCAGCUAGUUCCUUGGCUUUUUUAUUUACUAUUGAUGUUCUGUGAUCUGUGCUUAGACGGUACCUAAAUCACAUUCAGAAUUAUCCGGGCUUACCCAAAUUACAUUGAGGAUUGACUCUUGAGACUUGUCAUGUAUUUGAAUGGAUGUUGGCUGUAUUUUCUGUUUCAUUCAACAGAGAUGUUAUUCUUACAGUGUGUCUUUGGCAUUUGGAGGUUUUAAAAAGAUGUAACAACAAGAUGCUUAAAUUCAUAUCUGGAUGCAAUUGGAAGGUCAGGGUAGAAAUGAGGAAAUUGCUAAAGACUUGCUGUAUAGAGGACAGAAAUAGAACUUAUAUAAAAAAUUGAGAUGUUUUAUACAAAUGAUGGGGAGAGAGUAGCAGGUCAAAGACCGGUGGGAACACCCAGCCAAUUGUGAAGAAAGGUUUAGGAUGAGGACUGGGACUACUCAAAUUUCGGAAGAAAACUCAGAUACAAGAGAACAGAAAGUCAUGUCUAAGACUUUAUAUGACACACUCAAUAUAUUGAUGAUUAUAGUGAUUUACGUUGGUUGUAUUCCUUCAGUUUUCUUACACAUAUUCUAAUCUUUAUGAAGUAGCUGGGAUUGGUAGAAUUUAUUAUGUCUUUUGAUAUUCUGUAAAGGCUUGCAUGUGCCGCAUUUCAUGUAUUUGGUAUAACAUAAGAAAAAUACACCUAAUUUUUUCAUGGUGGUACACCACAGCUGGGUUAUUUUAGACUUCCUGCCCUUUAUGGGGUUACUGUGCCUUACAUGGCAUACUGUUUACUGUACUGUAGGUCCUUUGCAGUGACCAUUCUCCCUCCAACUUCAUUGUUUUCUAGCUCUACAUUUUCAGGCAUUCCCUUUGGUCUCUUCCCACCUGAUUGUCCAACUUCCCCAAGUGUACCAUGCUCAAUUUACACUUCUCUUUUUCUUGAGAACAAAUCCUUUAGGCCAGCUCAAUUAGUCUUAAAGUGUGACUCCAUAGUUUUGUUGAACCUUAGAGUAAAUACAUAAAAAUAAAAAUUUUACUCCAAAAUACCAAAUUCU